AUGCGAGGAAUGCACGCUGACGUCACUGGACGUACUGAGGCUUCAGUCACAUGGCUAGAUGCUGCCCCGUUCGGACUGGGACCACAAGAGAGGCCCACGAGGAUCACAGGACCUGGCUCGGUGCUCGGUCUGAGAGGCGAGUUGGGUUAUACCAUGAGUGAGGGCGAGGAGGCUUAUUUCUCACUCCUCAUUCUCUUUGGCAAUUCGCAGUCUUCAGGCACGACUGUUAUGGUGGACAUAGCAGUCAUGGGAGAGGCUCACGGACUGAUCACAGACCUGCUAGCUGACCCCUCGCUGCCACCCAACACCUGCACUUCACUGCGGGCCGUGAGUAACCUGCUCACCACCCAGCUCACCUUCCAGCCGCUGCACCGACCACGCCCCACCUCCCUGCUCAACCCCAGCGAUGCUUACACCUGCUCCGACUCGGAGGAGGGACCAGAGAAAGGAGAGAAGACGUCCAUACCUAAGCGUCUGAGGAGGAGUCUCCAUCCUGCCCUUCUCAGGAGGAUCUCCUCCACAUGGACCACCACCACCUCUGCGACCGGACUGCCCACCAUAGAGCCCGGACCCGUCCGGAGAGACCGCAGCGCCAGCAUCAAGCCCUUCCACGACACACUCACCUGCAGUUGUGGGAGACCAUACAUCAGACUGAACCAUGGUGAGGGCUCAAUAGACAAGGGAGACAGGAUACCACGAUCAGAGGACCAAGUUGUUGUAUCAUCAGACUAUGACAGCACCCACGAAGCCAACCACAGUGACAGCAGUGAUGUAGCACACACAGAGGAGGACACGGACGAAGGGAAAAAAGCCUCCCAGAGUGUCAUGCUGCAUGCAUUAAUGCCUCCCGAGGUCCAACCAAUUCUGGCACCGGAGCCGUUAAUAAUGGAGGACCUGGAGCCUCUAAUGAGUCAGCUUAACAAUUGGAACUUCCCCAUCUUCACCUUGAUGGAGAAGACGAAUGGGAAGUGUGGACGGAUCCUCAGUCAGGUAUCUUACAGGCUUUUUGAAGACACUGGCCUGUUUGAGACGUUUAAGAUCCCGGUAAAAGAAUUCAUGAACUACUUCCAUGCCCUCGAGAAUGGUUACAGAGACAUACCAUAUCACAACAGGGUCCAUGCUACCGACGUACUUCAUGCGGUUUGGUACCUCACCACGCAGGCUAUUCCCGGUCUGCCCAGCCUCAUGACUGACCACGGCUCUGCCAGUGACUCAGAUUCCGACAGCGGAAUAACACACAGUCAUAUGGGCUUCCUGGUUUCAAAGACCUACACUGUGUCGGAGGAUGGUUACGGCUGCCUGUCAGGCCUCAUACCUGCUCUGGAGCUGAUGGCCCUUUACGUGGCCGCUGCAAUGCACGACUACGAUCACCCCGGGCGGACAAACGCUUUCCUCGUGGCCACCAGCGCCCCACAGGCAGUGCUCUAUAAUGACCGCUCGGUUCUGGAGAACCACCACGCAGCUUCAGCCUGGAACCUCUUCAUGUCACAGCCAGAGUACAACUUCCUUGUAAACCUCGAUCAUGUGGAGUUCAAACGAUUCCGCUUUCUGGUUAUCGAGGCCAUACUGGCCACGGACCUGAAAAAGCACUUUGACUUCCUUGCUGAGUUCAAUGCAAAGGUUGGUGAUGAUCCAACAACAGGCAUCGACUGGUCGAAUGAAAACGACAGGUUGUUGGUCUGCCAGAUGUGCAUCAAACUGGCAGACAUCAACGGGCCUCUGAAGUGCAAGGAGCUACAUCUGCAGUGGACGGAGGGCAUUGUUAACGAGUUCUAUGAACAGGGGGAUGAGGAGUCCAGUCUGGGCCUUCCUGUGAGCCCCUUCAUGGACCGGGCAGCACCGCAGCUGGCCAAACUCCAGGAAUCCUUCAUCACACACAUUGUUGGACCGCUGUGUAACUCCUACGACUCAGCCAGCCUGAUACCCGGACGAUGGGUGGAGCCGAACCCAGAAGAAGAAGAAGACCCAGAGAUGACAGAGAACGAGGAAGAGGAGGAAGAGGAGGAGGAGGAUACCGUAGAGGAGGAUGCAUCCACCAGCUCAGAAGCAUCACAGAAAGCAACUCCCAAGAAAAGAGGGAAAGUAUUCCGCCAGAUCACCCAGCACUUGCUGGAGAACCACGAGAUGUGGAAGAAGGUGAUCGAAGAGGAGGCCAAGAAUACUGCUGGUCAAGGGGCAGAAUCUGUACAUUUAAACAAUGUAGCUGAACCGAUCCUGGCUAUUGAUGAGGAAGAGGAGGAUUCGGGCAGCAGAGAGGAGCAGGUAGCAGGAGAGCAUCCAGAGGAUGAAGACUGUAAACCCCCUGAGGAGCUAGAUGAAGGGGACCCCCAGUGA